AUGUUCAGAAACGCUCUGCGGCAGUCUGGCCGCGCCGUCGCGGCUGCCUCUGCCACCGGCCGCAUUGCUACGGCCCGCGCCGCCGUUCCCGGCCCCCUCGCUGGUGCUUCCAAGCAGGUCCGUUCCUACGCUGCUGAGGCUAAGGCUUCCCCCACCGAGGUCUCUUCCAUCCUCGAGCAGAGAAUCCGUGGUGUUCAGGAGGAGUCUGGUCUCGCUGAGACUGGCCGUGUCCUCUCCGUCGGUGACGGUAUCGCCCGUGUCCAUGGCAUGACCAACGUCCAGGCUGAGGAGCUGGUCGAGUUCGCCUCUGGUGUCAAGGGUAUGUGCAUGAACCUCGAAGCCGGCCAGGUCGGUGUCGUGCUUUUCGGUUCCGACCGUCUCGUCAAGGAGGGUGAGACCGUCAAGCGUACCGGAGAGAUUGUCGAUGUCCCCGUCGGCCCUGAGCUUCUCGGCCGUGUCGUCGACGCUCUGGGUAACCCCAUUGACGGCAAGGGCCCCAUCAACGCCAAGGCCAAGAGCCGUGCUCAGCUCAAGGCUCCUGGUAUCCUUCCCCGUCGCUCCGUCAACCAGCCCGUGCAGACUGGUAUGAAGUGUGUCGACUCCAUGGUCCCCAUCGGCCGUGGUCAGCGUGAGUUGAUUAUCGGUGACCGUCAGACCGGUAAGACCGCUGUCGCUCUGGACGCCAUGCUGAACCAGAAGCGUUGGAACAACUCCUCCGACGAGUCCAAGAAGCUCUACUGUAUCUACGUUGCCGUCGGUCAGAAGCGUUCCACCGUCGCUCAGCUCGUCAAGACCCUUGAGGAGAACGACGCCAUGAAGUACUCCAUCAUCGUCGCUGCCACCGCCUCCGAGGCUGCUCCUCUGCAGUACCUCGCUCCCUUCACUGGCUGUGCCAUGGGUGAGUGGUUCCGUGACAACGGUCGUCACGCCGUCAUCGUCUACGACGAUCUGUCCAAGCAGGCUGUCGCCUACCGUCAGAUGUCUCUGCUGCUCCGUCGUCCCCCCGGACGUGAGGCCUACCCCGGUGACGUCUUCUACCUCCACUCCCGUCUUCUGGAGCGUGCCGCCAAGAUGAACGAAAAGCACGGUGGUGGUUCCCUCACUGCCCUCCCCGUCAUUGAGACCCAGGGUGGUGAUGUGUCUGCCUACAUUCCCACCAACGUCAUUUCCAUUACCGACGGCCAGAUCUUCCUGGAGUCCGAACUCUUCUACAAGGGUAUCCGUCCCGCCAUUAACGUCGGUCUGUCCGUGUCUCGUGUCGGUUCCGCUGCCCAGGUCAAGGCCAUGAAGCAGGUCGCUGGUUCCCUGAAGCUCUUCUUGGCCCAGUACCGUGAGGUCGCUGCCUUCGCCCAGUUCGGUUCCGAUCUGGAUGCCGCCACCAAGCAGACCCUCAACCGUGGUGAGCGUCUGACUGAGCUCCUGAAGCAGAAGCAGUACUCCCCCAUGGCCGUUUCCGACAUGGUUCCCCUGAUCUUCGCUGGUGUCAACGGUUACCUUGACUCCAUCCCCGUCGCCAAGAUCCUCCAGUGGGAGUCUGACUUCCUUGCCCACCUCAAGUCCAACCACCCCGAGAUCCAGGAGACCAUUGAGAAGGAGGGCCAGGUCAGCAAGGACCUCGAGGCCCAGCUCAAGGAGGUCAUUGGUGCCUUCAACAAGUCUUUCAACGCAUAG